AUGUCAGAAACAGCACCCGUCCCGGAGCCCCCCGGGCUGCCGUUCCUCGGCAACAUCACCGAGAUCGACCAGGAAUUUCCGCUGGGUUCCAUGAUAGCCCUCGCCGACAAGUAUGGUGAGAUUUACCGACUGAGGUUUCCCGGGCGGUCCAUCGUCAUGGUGUCGACCCGCGCCCUGGUGAACGAGACGUGCGAUGAGAAGCGGUUCAAGAAGUCUGUGAAUCGGGCACUGAGUCAAAUCAGGAAUGGCGUGCACGACGGACUCUUCACGGCGCGAAUGGGCGAGGAGAACUGGGGCAUCGCGCAUCGCGUGCUCAUGCCCGCCUUCGGCCCCCUCUCGAUCCGCAGCAUGUUCGACGAGAUGCACGACAUCGCGAGCCAGCUGGCCCUCAAGUGGGCGCGGUACGGCCCGGAAUCCCAGAUCACCGUAACGGACGACUUCACGCGCCUGGCGCUCGACACGCUGGCCCUGUGCUCCAUGGGCUUCCGCUUCAACAGCUACUACUCGCCCGUCCUGCACCCCUUCAUCGAGGCCAUGGGCGACUUCCUCGUCGAGGCCGGCAACAUGUCCCGCCGCCUGCCGCUGCCCUCGUUCGUCUACAGCGCCAAGGACCAGAAGUUCGCCAGCGACAUCGAGAUCCUGCGCGGCACCGCGCGCGAGGUGCUCGAGUCGAGGAAGGCCGGCAAGACCAGCGACCGCCGCGACCUGCUGACGGCCAUGCUCGAGGGCGUCGACCCCAAGACGGGCAAGAAGAUGACGGACGAGAGCAUCAUGGACAACCUCAUCACCUUCCUCAUCGCCGGCCACGAGACCACCUCGGGCCUGCUGUCCUUUGCCUUUUACCAGCUGCUCAAGCACCCGGACGCCUACCAGAAGGCCCAGCAGGAGGUCGACGGCGUCGUCGGCAAGGGCCAGAUCAAGGUCGACCACCUCUCCAAGCUGCCCUACCUCAACGGCGUCCUGCGCGAGACCCUGCGCGUCAACGCCACCAUCCCGCUCUUCACCGUCGAGGCCUUUGAGGACACCCUGCUCGCCGGCAAGUAUCCCGUCAAGGAGGGCGAGACCAUCAUCAACCUGCUGGCCAAGUCCCACCUCGACCCGGCCGUCUUCGGCGAGGACGCCAACGAGUUCAAGCCGGAGCGCAUGAUGGACGACAACUUCAACCGCAUCACCAAGGAGUUCCCCAACUGCUGGAAGCCCUUUGGCAACGGCAUGCGCGCCUGCAUCGGCCGCCCCUUUGCCUGGCAGGAGGCCCUGCUCGUCAUGACCAUGCUGCUCCAGAACUUCAACUUCGUCCUCGACCCCAACUACAGCUUCGGCAUCAAGCAGACCCUCACCAUCAAGCCCAAGGACAUGCACAUGCGCGCCAUCCUGCGCGACGGCCUGACCCCCACCAGCCUCGAGCGUCGUCUCGCCGGCCUCGCCGAGCCCGAGAAGGCCCCUGAGCAGGCCAAGUCUGAUAAGACCGCCGCCUCCUCCUCCUCCUCCUCCGAGACCGGCAAGCCUCUGACGAUCCUCUACGGCUCCAACAGCGGCACCUGCGAGGCCCUGGCCCAGCGUGUCGCCUCGGACGCCGCGUCUCACGGCUUCCGCGCGACAAAGAUCGACUGCCUCGACAGCGCCAACGGCAGCCUGCCCACCGACCAGCCCGUCGUCAUCAUCACGGCCUCCUACGAGGGCCAGCCCCCCGACAACGCCGGCCACUUCGUCGCCUGGCUCGAGGGCCAGGACAAGGCCGCGGCGCCGCUCAAGGACGUCUCGUACGCCGUCUUCGGCUGCGGCCACAAGGACUGGGUCCAGACCUUCCACCGCAUCCCGAAGCUCGUCGACGCCACCCUCGAGCAGCUCGGCGCGAGCCGUCUCGCCGAUGUUGGCCUCACGGACGCCUCGUCGGGCGAGGUCUUUUCCAACUUUGAGUCCUGGGAGGACGACGUGCUCUGGCCGGCGCUGACGAGCAAGUACGAGACGACGCCCACGAAGACGACGACGGCUACGACGACGACGACGACGACCGGAGCCGACGACGGCAGCAGCAAAAAGACCAAGGGCGUCGACGUCGUCAUCAGCAACCCCAGGACCUCGACCCUGCGCCAGGACGUCCGCGAGGCCACCGUCACCAACACGGCCACGCUGACCGGCAGCGCAGGCGAGCCCAAGAGCACCAAGAAGCACAUCGAGAUCCAGAUCCCGGACGACAUGACCUACACCGCCGGGGACUACCUCGCCGUCCUGCCCAUCAACCCCAAGGAGAGCGUCUACCGCGCCAUGCGGCGCUUCCACCUCGCCCGCGACGCCCAUCUCAGCAUCAAGACGGACGGCCCCACGUCCCUCCCGGUCGACAGCUCCGUGCCCGCCCACGACCUCCUCAGCUCUUACAUUGAGCUCUCGCAGCCCGCCACGAGACGAAACCUGCUUGCCCUUGCUGAGUAUGCAGAGAGCGAGGACGUCAAGGCCGAGCUGAGCCGUCUGGCGACCGACGCCUACGGCGACGAGAUCAGCGGGAAGCGCGUCUCCGUCCUCGACCUGCUUGAGCGCCACCCUUCUAUCGACCUGCCCAUCGGUGUCUUCUUGUCCAUGAUGCCGCCGAUGCGCGUCAGACAAUACUCCAUCUCCUCUUCGCCCAUGGCAACCCCCAACAAGGUUACCCUCACCUUUUCCGUGCUGAACGAGCCUUCGCUCUCCGGCCAGGGGCCCUACAUCGGCGUCGCCUCCUCCUACCUCGACUCCCUCGCCGAGGGCGACUCCCUCCACGUCGCCAUCCGGCCCUCCCACGCCGCCUUCAGCCUCCCCACGGACGCCGAGCGGACGCCCAUGGUCUGCGUCGCCGCCGGCACCGGCCUCGCCCCCUUCCGCGGCUUCAUCCAGGAGCGCGCCGCCAUGAUCGAGGCCGGCCGCGCCCUCGCCCCGGCCCUGCUCUUCUUCGGCUGCCGCUCGCCCGAGCACGACGACCUCUACCGCGCCGAGCUCGACAAGUGGGAGGCCCUCGGCGCCGUCUCGGUGCGCCGCGCCUACAGCCGCGAGCCCGAGAAGAGCGAGGGUUGCCGCCACGUGCAGGACCGCAUGUGGCGGGACCGCGAGGAGCUCGUCGACCUGUGGAAGCGGGGGGCCAAGGCCUACGUCUGCGGCUCGCGGGCCGUCGCCGAGUCGGCCAAGGAGACCAUCAUCAAGAUCAAGGUCGAGAUGGAGAAGGCCAAGGGCGUCGACGCCGACGAGGGCGACGUCAAGGACUGGUUCGAGGCUCUGAGGAACAUCCGCUACGUCACGGAUGUCUUUGAUUAG